AAUAAAGCCCUAUCGGCUCACUCACCUCUUCUGCAAUUUUGCCUUUUCUGCAUUUUUUUAGUUUUCCUUUUUUGUUGCAACAGAGUGCAGGAGGCAGCAUCAGCAGCUCUGCUCUGAGGCUUGUCAAGGCUCAGUGCACACACACACACACACAUGCACGCACGCAACCCAGAGUGAAAACAUUUGCUCUCACCUGUCUCCAAACCCAAAGCAAACCUCCUGUCCAAGCAAACUGCCAACAGUUGGAACGAGACGGCACCCGAGCCAGAAUUUAACGUAAGGCGAAAAAAUUCAAUGUACACUAGCAACUUUUUGCUAAAAAGCAAGAGGACAAAAGGAAGGAAAGGAGCAUUUUAAGAAAAGGACACCUUAAGGAAGAUUUCAUUUUUUGGAUUUCACACCAAACUUUGGAAAAGUUUUUUUUUUUUUUUUUUUUUUUUUUUAGUUAUUAUUCUGUUAUUACCAUCUUUUUCUAAGAACAUUGAGACAUUGUUACCUGCAUGUAAAAGCUUUUACAUUUUUUUUUUUUUAAAAAAAAGGAAGAAAACCAAGAGGAAGAAUAGCAUGUGGACCACCUAGCCAAAGGCACCACUGAAGCAUCCCUUGCAGCGAGGGGGACGUAGACUCUGGAUGUGUGUAAUUCCGAGGGACUGCAUUUUUUUCCCACCGGGCUUAUGAGAUAGCGCAGAGGCAGGCAAGUCAUCGAGAAUUACUUCUCUCUCCCCUCACCACCACCACUACCACCACCUCCACGUCCUCUUCCAAGGGCUCCUGCGAUUCUCCCACCGCAGCCCGGCUUGGAGGGACAUGGGAACGCGCGGCGCCCUCGAUGCCUGAGGCCGGGCGGCCGCGGGGCUGUCUGCGGGAAGCGCUUCCCUGCCGGGGCUCGCCGUCCAUGUGCCCGCAGUCGGCGGGGCCUGGAGUCGGGAUGAAUUUCGGCGUGGUCUUCGCGUUCAUCCUCUCCCUGCCCCUGGCCCGCAUGGAGGGGGACCCUAUACCCGAAGACAUUUAUGAGAUUUUGGGUGGCGGCUCAGUGCGUUCCAUCAGUGACCUCCAGCGUGCCCUGCGGAUAGACUCCGUAGAGGAGGAUAGCUCGAGCCUGACCCUGAAUGCAACUCAGCCUGGUGAAAACCCUGUGGCCCUGUCUCGAGAGCGACGAAGCCUAGAUGCUCUGGCAGCAGCAGAGACAGCUGUCCUUGCGGAGUGCAAGACGCGGGAGGUGGUCUUUGAAAUCUCCCGCAACAUGGUGGACAGCACCAACGCCAACUUUGUGGUGUGGCCACCCUGUGUGGAGGUGCAGCGCUGCUCCGGGUGCUGCAACAACCGCAAUGUGCAGUGUCGCCCCACACAGAUCCGUGUCCGGCACGUCCAGGUAAACAAGAUCGAAUUUGUCCAGAGGAAGCCAAAAUUCAAAAAAGUUGUUGUGCCUUUGGAGGACCAUGUACAGUGUCGGUGUGAGGCCGUGUUCCGACCGCCUCCCAGGAACAUCCGUCCAGGGCCACGUGAACAGAGACGCUUGUCACCAUCGUUCACCACAGCCGCUGUCUCUCAGAGGCAGCGAGUACGCCGGCCGCCGGCACAGAAGAGGAAACAUAAGAAGUACAAGCAUGUCAACGAUAAGAAAGUGCUGAAAGAAAUCCUCAUAGCAUAGAAGUGCUGGCAGGGGAGAGAGAGCACAAGGCAGGUUUAUUUAAUAUAUUUGCUGUAUUGCCCCCAUGGGGUCAUUGGAGUGACAACUUUUCCUCUUUGUCCAUCUGCCUCGACGUCUGAUUCAGACGGCAAUUGGUGCUUCCCUUUCCAUCAGUGGACCUUCUCCCACCAAAGCCUCCUUUCUUUCAUUUAUUAGCAUAAUUUUAAAGUUUUACACACACACACA